AUGACCUCGACGUCCAGCGCUCCCGACGGACUUGGAACAGACAUGAUGGUGGCACUCGGAGCCAAAGAGCGCACGGAGGAAGAGUACCGGCAGCUGCUGCAGUCGGCCGGGCUGGAGCUGGCGCAAGUGCUCGCCCCGCAACAGCAGCUCAACCUGGUCGAGGCUCGCCCUACCCAAACCAACGCGUAA